AUGGUGGCUUUCCGCUGCAUUUCGCUACUGUUCGCAUCGUUUGCCUUUGUCAACGCACAAAUCAUUUCCGAUGGUGACGGCUACACGGGGUACACACUCGCAGUAACCGGCGACGGCGAGUCUGCUUCCUACGAGACCGCAAAUACCGACACCUCACCCACCGACCCACUGACUCUUCCGGACGUAUUCCUCAAUGCCAGUGUUUUUGUCGGAGAAAUCGAUCUAACGGUGAAAAACUUGACCGCCAAAAUCAAUAUUGAUGCACAAGUACUUUCACUUCUCCAGUUCAACGCUGGCGUCGACCUGAGCAUUAAUCGAGUUCAGCUGACAAUUCAAAAUGUAUCGGCAAAGGUUGAAUUAGAAGCGAGGCUGGAGAACCUCGUUCUGAUGAUCAACGACACUCUCAGCUCGAUUGAUAUGAAUCCAAUCCUGGUCACUCUGGGGCAAGGCUUAGGGGAUAUUGUGAACAGCACGCUCGGCGGAGGAAGCCAGGCAGCGGCAAAUGACCUAAGAGCUCGUAGUUUCGACCUCGAUGAGGGGAUCUUGUACUCGAUCAACGACUACAGUGGCAACACUCACACCAACCGCAUUUUGACGCCGUUUGGAGAUAUCGUCGACCAGUCUCUGCACAAUGACGGGACAGUGUACACAGAGGUGGUGGUCGGAUCAUACUGGCACGACAUGACUUUCACUGGCCAAGAGCGAACUCUGUUCUAUAACGGCGAGAAUGUGAGAGGUCAGGAAUACUCUUAUGCACCAUUCGCUGGACUUCAGUUGGUGGUGGAAAUUUAUCUGAACGGUCAAAGUACUGUUGUGGGCACUAAGGUAUUGAGCGAGAUAGAGGGUGGUGGUUCAAGUACGAUUGCUAAUGACUCAAUGACCAGUGAAUAG